AUGGGCUCACCUGAGUCCCCUCUAUCCUUCCUAAGCUCUCGAUUUGUCUAUGAAUUGCAACGAGCAUCACCCACGGUCGUCAUGGCGUUUCUUCAGCCCUCGAUUGUGGACAUCCUGACGCUCUCUAAGAUGGCCUUCGACAUUGCGCAGGCCUUCACAUCCGGGCGGAAGGCCGCACCAGCCGAAUUCCAUGAAGUCCAGAACCAGCUUUACUCCCUUGGCAAAGCCUUAGACUCAUUCAAGUCAUUGGCACCGGACACGCAGCAACAGAGCGACCAGGUAGAAGGGAUUUUAGAAAUUAUUGGAAACUGCCGGUUUACCUUGGAACACCUACAACACCUGGUUGACAAGUAUAUGGUCAUUCAAGAGGGGCAACCUCAAUCGCACCGAAAGGAGUGGCGAGCAGAGAUAUGGAGAAACUGGAAAAAGAUACGCUGGACCAGAGAAGGCGGCGACUUGGCCAGGCUUCAGCAUAAUCUCGGGGUUCAUGUCAAUAGCCUGAAUUUGGCAGUGGCGGUGAUGAAUAGGCAUCUCAUAUUGGCGUUUUUGGCUAAUGGUUCUAUCAUUGGGUUCUUGAAGUCUGCUGAUACUUUACACAGUGUCACCGAUGAGUAUGAUCGUGCGGUUAGAUGGGCUGCCGACGGUGUGGAAACUAUGGUUGUCCUCACGAGAAUCGUCGACGUUGGUCUCCCUGUUGCUGAGCAACGUCUCGCCAUCCUGUACGUCUCACUAUAUUGUAUGCCGCUGCGAAAACUGCUGAUAGAUAUCAGACGAUCUGUGGAACGCAAAAUCGAAUCUCUGGCGGUCUUUCCAUCUAUGAACCCAUACACUGGUCAUCCGGUAAAGUCGGUGGUGAACAUGAUCUGGCAUCUUACGUCGAAAGGUACAUGGUUAUAUCAGGAAUCUGCUGAAAUGAUUCUCCAACUCAUGUCCAAAGAUGAAAACCUUGGCGCCCGGGACGAUAGAGCUACAGAGUUAACUGUAACAGUGGAUCAGGAUACCGAUAUUAGUAUUGCAGAAGACAGUACAACUUUGACUAUCGCUAAGACAUCUUGCAACUUGGCAAAUGAGAGUGGGCAAGAAGAGCUUGUAGAGGCGGUGGAUGUUCAGAUGAUGCUCCUUGAUAGAGAUUCUACUAGCCCGCGAAGCUGCAAGCUAUCUACAUGGGCAACUACGAAAGUUGCAAGAAGGUGUGGUUUUGUUCAAGAUACAGCAAAUUCAGAGAAGCGAAACACUACUAUUCGAACUAAUGAUGUGGUCAGCCUGACGGACCCUUGCUUUCAUAGGGCGUUGGGUCAUUUGAUGGUAUACAACUACCACAUAUCUGAUGCAACCCUGAAGCUUGUUUCCAAUCUCGAACGGAAUGCAUAUCGCCUUCUUAUUUCGAACACAUCCAGGUCGACAUGUCUCAGUAUUGACGUGUCUGCUGAAUCAUUGAAAAAUAUGGAUAGGCAAAAUGACGCCUAUAUCCAGAUCGGAGGGCCAUGCCUGGUUGCAGAAACAGCCCGGAAUAGAGCCAACAUACAUCAGCAUAAUUCGGCCGCAACUCUGACCUGCGCCGAUCAAGAAACCCAGAGAGUGCUAGUCAUGAUGUUACAUUCAGCAGGGCGAGAUGUAAACGAGAAUAUGGUACCUAGCAUACCCGGCCACGGAUUCAGUGAGCUGGAAAUGUUUUCCGAGAUGAUGGAUGAUGCCUAA